CUUAAUUCGGCAAGCUAUAGUUUCCUAAAAGAGCCUAAGAACAUAAAGCAAAAGUCUUAUAUCUAGUUCGGCUUUCAGUUUUCGAUAUUCAAAGUAAACCAUCCGAGUGUCUGUAUGAAAAACGUGAAAAACGGUAAAGCCAAUUAAUACAUUUGGACUUAGUCUUAGGAAUAGUUUGAUAAUCUGUGAUUUGCACUCGUACAAAAAUCGGAACGGAAACUGAAACGUGUAUGACAUGUGUGGCUUCCCCUUUCCGAUCCGAUUAUUUGGUCAUCGACGGAAGGUUCUCUCUGAUCGGAGUCGGAUCGAAUAGAUGUGACUCGGCCUUUACUGACGAGUCCAAUAGGUAGGCCCGGGACGAAACGCAUGGUGCUUCAACGCGCGCCAUACACAGAACAUACUCCAGGGGAUAUUUUGUGGAGUUCCAUUUGAAUCGAAACGCCACAGAUAUUAUACGGUGAGAUAUAGGUGGCGUUUCGGUUGGAGCUGCUAGUUGAGAAGUGGCGGCUAGAGUUCGCCACAGUUCUAUGGCUCUAACCGCAUUUUUAGUAUACACAACAUCGUGUUUUAGUGUGCGCUUUAAGGAUCCGAAAUGGGGCUCACAAAAGACUAUUUGCGUUACGUGCCUGCGGGCAACUUCAACAUUAUAAGCAGUGCCAAUUGCAACGUGGUUUUCCUCACGCUGCAGGGCCAAAUUGGGCGGUUUGUCGCCGUAGGAGCUGCAGAGCACAUUUUGAUUUGGGACCUGAGAUUAGGAGAGAAGGCCCAGGUUUUGCCAGGGGAAAAAGCCGUAGUAACGGCAUUGUGUGCCAGCCCGAACAACCGGCACUUGGCAGCAGGAUAUUCGGAUGGAAAUGUGCAGAUCUAUGACCUGAAAACCGUUGAAGUGGUCAGUGUAUUUUCGGGACAUCGCUCCGAAGUCACGACCUUAAUGUACGACAAUCAGGGGCAUAGACUGGCCUCAGGAAGCCGGGACACAGACGUUAUAGUAUGGGACAUAGUGACAGAAAGCGGCUUGUGCAGGUUACAAGGCCACAAGGGCCCCAUAACCAAAGUGACCUUCAUGGACAAGCAAGACGUGCUCAUUUCCAGCUCAAAGGACACUUUUGUGAAGUUCUGGGACUUGAGUACGCAGCACUGUUUUAAAACCUUGACUGGCCAUAGAACGGAGGUUUGGGGAUUUGCGCUUAUGAAAAACGACGAAUACUUGGUGACGGGCUGUGGGGACUAUGAGCUACGCGUUUUCAAGCUAACCACGCGCGACUUGUACAACGAAAGUAUUGACCCUUUAGAGCAUAUGACUGCCACCCUGGAGCUGGUCACUUUAGAGGAAGGAGAUGAUUCUACUACACACCCACUUCAAUGCAUCAAGGCGGGUUCAGUCUUCAGAGGCUCCAAGAGUCGAGUAGUUGCUCUAACGAGCGACUCAACUGGCCAAGUUCUCGGAUGCCACGGCACUGAUAAGAUGGUCGAGUUGUUCUAUUUCUGCACCGAAGAUGAGGCUCAAUUGCGCCAGAAGAAGCGACUGAAAAAGCAGCGCAAGAAGAACAAACAGGGAGCGCCAGAGGAACUUGAGGCAAAUACGGGUCUGGCUGAUCAAAUCAAGCGCCUCAAACCAAUCAAAGCAUCAGGCCCGACCACUAACUUGGACUUGGUGUUGGGGAACGGUGGCGAACUGAGAGUCGCCCUGAACUAUCGCGACAACUGCGUAAAACUUUUCACUCUGAUGACUUCAGUAAAGGACGCCGAACCCAACUGCUUAAGGGAAAUUGUCAAGAAAGGCCAUCACUCUCAGGUCCGAGCUGUGGCCUUCAGCAGCGAUAAUCUGGCCAUUGUGUCUGGAAGCGACGAUACCCUGCGAAUGUGGAACAGACCCUCGCAAACAUGUUUGCGUACUAUAGAUGUUGGAUUUGUUCAAUCAGUGGUUUUUGUACCUGGAGAUCGACACGUUUUGGCAGGCUUAAGAGACGGCAAGCUUGUUAUCGUCGAUGUGGCGGCCGGAGACGUUUUGGAGGAAAUAGUCGCUCACAGCAAAGACUUGCGAACCAUCUGCCUUACCCCCGACUUGAGAGGAUGCGUGACUGGCGGCGGCGACCAAACAGUGAAAUUUUGGCAAUUUGAACUGAUCGUGGACCAACAAAGCGAAUCCAAAGUGAAAGUUCUCUCGCUAGUCCACAACCGGACUCUUAAACUAGAGGAAGGUGUUCUCUGCGUGAAACUUUCGCCAGACUCCAAGUUUAUCGCGGUUGCCCUGUUGGAUUCCACAGUGAAAAUAUUCUUCUCCGACUCUUUCAAGUUUUACCUGUCUUUGUAUGGCCACAAAAUGCCGGUUUACUGCAUGGACAUUUCAAGCGACUCCCGACUGAUCGCCACUGGCUCGGGCGACAGAAACAUCAAAAUUUGGGGCAUGGAUUUCGGCGACUGCCACAAAAGCAUUUUCGCUCAUGACGAUUCUGUUAUGGGCCUGCAGUUCGUGCCAAACACCCACUAUUUCUUCACAUGCGGAAAGGAUGGCUCUAUUAAGGAAUGGGACGCGGAUAAGUACCACAAAAUCGUCACUGUGCAGGGGCAUGCAGGCGAGGCGCAUUCCUUGGCAGUAAGCCCCAAUGGUCAGUAUGUGGUCUCUUGCGGCUCGGACAAAGUCCUGCGGUUGUACGAACGCUCCGAUCAACUAGUGGUUCUGCAGGAUGAGCAGGAAGAAGAGCGGGAACAGCAGGAGGAGGCAGUGGCGGAAAAGACUGUAGUGCCUGGACACUCAGCACUGAAUCUGCCCAGCAAGCGGACCAUCGGCAGCGAAAGAGCUGCGGAAAGUAUCCUGGAAUGUUUGGAAGUCAGUGAAAAGUAUCAAGAAGAACUAGAUGAACACGCGGCGCUGCAAGCGGGGUCUUCUAAACCGCUUCCUGUUCCGGCGAUUCCACUUUUGAUGCAGGCUUUCAAUGUUAAAACCCCUGAAGACUUUCUACUGGAGACUAUUAAGCGAAUCCGAGCUAGCGACCUCGAAGAGGGCUUGCUGAUUCUCCCAUUCGUCCACGUCUGCAAAGUGCUCACAAUGCUACCCGCUUUAAUCGCCAGAGGCGACUGCAUAGAGAUGGGCUGCAAAGUUGCUCUUUUCCUAAUGAGGCUUCAUCACGCCCCAUUAGUGGCCAACAAACUGCUCCUUCCCACUUUGGAGCUGCUGGAAAAAACGAUGAAGGAGAAAGUGGGAGAACUCAGGGACUUAGUGGGAUAUAAUAUGGUUGGGCUAUUGUCGGUGCAAGGUGAGUUGGAAGCUCGGGAAGGGAUCCAGCUUUUCCGCGACGCGACAAGGGAGCAGAACGCCAAAAGGCGCAAGAAGCGAGAGAAGAUCAAAAGGACGAUCAUGGCUGUGAACACGAUAUAAAUAAAUCAAAAUUGAUAAA